AUGGGCGGAGAGGCUUUUGUGGUGGUGCUGCUCAAGCCGGAGAUCGCGACGGGCUACUUCAAGUUCUCUACAGGUGGCGGCGUCGACCAACUGGACGAUGGUGACGACGCCACGCCAUCUGCAUCUGCAUCUGUAGCGUCGUCCAUCCCGGGAGUCUCAGCAGUCGAAGCUGCGUUCUUGCUGCCAAAUGGUCACAUCAUCCCCAGCGUUAUCGCUCGCAUCAAGGACAAGGGCUUCGAGAUCCUCCAGCGGCGAAUGAUUCAAUUGACCCGCACGGAGGCGAGACACCUCUUCUCCUUUGAGCUACACCACCGGUACGGCGACGACGAGCAGACUUAUGCCGCCUUCCUGGCUGCCAUUACAAGCGGACCCAGUCUCGCGCUGCUGCUCAAGCUACCGGCAGCGCUAGCGUUGGGCGACGCCAACGCCGGGAUCAAGAAGUGGGUCGAGCUCGCGGGCGAUUGGGACCCGGUGGCGGCUCGCAAGAAGGCGCUCGCAGCGUCGAUACCCCAUGAUCAGUGGCCUCUUCGAGCUUUAUGUGGUCUUAACACGGUCCAGAACGGCAUCUCCAGCAGUCCACACGCGUGCUGUUCACGUCGAGAGAGGUUCUUCUUGUUCCCGCCGUCAGCACCGCAGUUGGAGCGAGCUACCAUCGUGCUACUGCCCUCGUUCCAGUUGAAUUUUCCCGACGGCAAGGAGAUUCUGCUGUCAAUUAUCGGCAAGGAGUGUCGAGCGAUCAUCGUGGAGAAUACACAGGGAUGCACUCUUUCAGGCGACGAAGCCAUCGCUCUUUGUGGGCUUCCACGUGCUGAUGAUGAAGGGCCACUGCGUCAGGUGUGUGACGGUGUGAUCCAGCUUAUGGACGAAGUUGUAGGCGACAAAGGCGUCGAGGUCAUUGUUAUCGAAGGUCUCGAUUUGAGCUUCACACUUCGCUCCGCGUUGGGUCCAGCGAACGUGGAGAUGGCCAAGCUCUACUUCCCAGACUCCGUCCGAGGUCAGGUCCCCUCCAAGCUGCGGACAGUAGAGCUCCCAAAAGGACUUUUCCCCAACGAGACUGCGGACGACGAUACUUUAGGCUUCGAAAGCGGUUUAUUCCUCUCCUUCGACUCAAAGUUGAGUAUCAGCAGCGAGUCUCGUGAGGUUUCCGUUGGUGGUUCGCAGAGGGGGACUCCAAUCAAGUCCACGCUGGGUCUCAUCAAGCCGAAUGCCGCCUGCAACCCGGAGAUCGUGGCUGAAAUCCUGCGCAUGAUCAGCUUGUUCGGGUUCACAGUGGAGCGUCAACGCCGCUUGCUGCUCUCUCGCGAUCAAGCUGGCGCGUUUUACGCUGAGCACCGCGGGAAGCCCUUCUUCGAGACGCUGUUGGGCUUCAUGACCAGCGGGGAGAUCGUAGCUCUGCACUUGUCGCGUCCACACGCGAUCAAAGCCUGGCGAGCGCUGAUGGGGCCUACGAACAGCAUCAAAGCUCGGGAGACGGAUCCAUGGUCGUUGAGGGCUCGUUUCGGAGUGGAUGGCACGAGAAACGCUACCCACGGCAGCGACGCUACUGCGAGUGCAGCACGCGAGCUGUACUUCUUCUUCGGUAGUGCCGUAUCGGCGUCAUCAGCUGCAAACAAAACCCUGUCAAGUGCUCAAACUCUGGCUCGGAGACCGAUGGUGCUGUCGGGAUUGGCUGAGAGCAGUGUUGAAAAGGUCUUGACUCAAGGAUUGAAGGAACUAGUGGAGAAGAAGCUGACGGAUCCCCUGGAAGCCUGUCGAUGGCUUGGUGAGUGGCUUGUGACGUAUCGAUCGCGUGGAUUGGAGGAGGGGUCAGAAGUAUACGACGAACCUCACACCCAAACACGCGCUACCAAACCUCUGGCCAACUCUAAGAGUGAACCCAAGGAGAAAACGAACCUGAAAACCCGCAAGAUUGUCGCGAUCACUCUGGACGCUACGAUUAACAAUACCUUGCGCUCUGCCGUUUUCGAUAUCCUUCAAGAACGGCUGAAGGAUGCUCGCUACCAGCUCGUUGACGUCGCCAGUGAGAUGAAGAAGCACACGGCAUUGAGUACUGCCGUUGGUAGCCUCGUAAAAACUCUGAAGGAGUGCGGUCGCCGUCGUUGCGUGUUGUUUGGGUGUGACGAGUUCACCAACUCGUCGGUGUUCCAUCGCGAAUUCAAGGCCCAAGCCCCAGUCGACUGGCAGAUUAACUACUUCGUUCACUUGGAGACGCAACAGUCGAAUGGCAAGAGUUCGAGUGGGAUGAAGCGUUCGCCUUCAUUUGACAUACCAACCCUGCACUUCACCCUGCCUUCGACAUCGGCGAGUAACCCGCAGCACCUUCACCAGACUGGAGCUCUCCACGGACUGUUUCAAACUGUAUUCGACCCCAACGUCGUAAUCGUUGCAGACCCGAAGAAGCUUGUGCCCGUGGAUGUCUGGACGGAGGUGGCUGCGAGUUUUGGAUUUCAUCUACUCACCUUCGACGCAUUUAUCGCCAUCAUGAAAAGUUCGAGCGACGACUCGGAUGAAACCCGCCUGAUGCUUCAAUUGGUGCGUUCUGGGUCCACCAUUCCACCAAGUCUACUCCUCACGCUACUGCGACGCGUGCUACUCGGUUCUCACCCUGGCACCAACACUUUAACUCAAAAGUUCGUGCUGCACGGCUUCCCAUGGUCCGAGAUCCAAGCGGCGGAGCUGGAGCAGGCGAUUGGAAGUCCUCAAAGUGUUUUGGUGGUCGAAAGCUGCAACCAGAAGGAGAAGAAGAGCCCAACACCAGAAUUUCCCGCAUGGAUAAACGCGUUCCAGAAGCGAGGGAUCGCCACACAAGUCUGGAUUGACUCAACGGUUCGUGUUGAUCGUAACGCGCUGUGCUCUGCACUGCACGCGGCGCCGCUGGCUCCGGUGAUCGGCUGCUUUUUGGGCGAAUGCAGGGACGACGGGCAACUCGAGUCACUGCAAGCCGUUGCCAAGUCGCAAGGAUUUAUCUGGGUCGAGUGCGCUCUGUCUGGUGGUGCUUCAACUGCGCAAAAGCUGCGCGAGUUCUUGCUGCGCGCUCACGCCGGACGAGAGAAGCUCCUCUUGUACGGCUAUCCACGCACUGCAGCUCAAGCCGCAGAUCUGAUAAAGCUCGUGCAGUUUGCGAUCCUCGACUCGUCUUCAGCUUCGCCUGUCGCACCCGACCUCGUUGCAGUCUUCGACGCCCAACCAAAAAUUAUGCAGCUGGACCUGACCAGCUCGCCGACAGCCUCAGCCUCAAUCCAAAGUUUGGCAGCAAAACUGCGAUCAACCUUCUUCCGCAAGCAAAUUGUGGCGGUAACAGGUAGUGUCGGCGCGCUGGACCUGCGACAGCUUCGCGCUGUUGUUGCUCCGCUGGGCUACGGCGUCAUUCAGCUCCAACAAAAUGACAACGACGAGUGCGAGCUCAUCCACGAGCUUGAACGCCGUGUUCAGGCUGUCCAGAGCCCGCGCUGUCUGGUCGUGAGAGCGCCUGAGACACCAAGCUUUUACCACGCGCUGGAAGCGCAUAUUGGACGCGCCAUGCUGAAGAUCCUCAUCUUGCAGCACGUCCCAGUGCGCGCGCGGGCUCCGGAUGCGACGGACGAUGUGGACUCGGAGGAUUAUUCCGAUGAAGAGCAGGGCCACGUCCAAGUACUCGAGGAAAACACCGGCAGCGACGGCGAAGAUUCUACCGCUCUACCUUCGAGAGGUGGGGUGAAGUGGAAAAAGGUGAUGAAGGCGUUGAGUCCGCCGCUCUCUCAGCUACUUCAGACAUUCGCGACGUCGUCCACGUCUUCGAUUUCACUUGAAGUUGUGGGAUUCCUCGAAAACACGCCUUACGGCUCUUCCCGAGUAAUUCAGGACUUGGUGACUCGCCUGCGUCCGCGCUUGUUUGGAGUGGUGGGGCACCCGUACUCGUUCUACCAGACAGCGGCGCGCGGCUUCUGUCGUCGAAACUUGGUCGGAUUCGUCGAUCUCCGCCACGUUUCGAGCAGUUCGCAGGCGCUUGAAAUCCUCGAGACGGUGAUUGCAUCCUCGAGCCACAGUGUCUACUGCCUUGACGGCUUCCCUUGUUCGUCCCAUCCAGAUGACGCUGCCCCAUCCAAGUCAAGUUCUUCGCCACCUCGUUACGUGGCUCAGCAACUCUGGGAAUUGGAUCGUCGACUGGGGUCCUUCUCGACGCUCGUGCACUUCACCACGGCGCUGGAGGUGCUGGAGGAGCGCACGCCCGACCAAGUCACGCGGCGCAUGCUCGAUGUGGCUCAGGACGACCUGGAACUCGCGUCCGCGGACCUGCUGGGCUGGUUAUCGACUGGCAAAAAUCGUCGCCACAUGAUUAGUGAGGUGACGUGUGACCGCACGCUGGAGGACGCUCAGGAAGAGCUCGACUUGGUGCUGCAGCGAGCGUUAUUACGUCCUGUUAGACCGGCAGUCAAGCAAACAGGCGGAUAA